ACACACACACACACGGAGGGACCGACAGAGAGAGGACCCAACAUGGCUGAAGCAGAAGGAAGCGAGGUAGAAGUUACCUCGGGAGGGAUUUUUCAGGAGAUCUUCACCUCCCCGCUGAACCUGACCCUGCUCAGCCUCUGCCUCUUCCUCCUCUACAAGAUCUUCCGCGGGGACAAACCGCUGGAAGUCGGCGAGGUGGAACCGCCGCUGCCCAAGCUGAAGAAGAGAGACUUCACCCUGGCAGAGCUGAAGCCCUACGAUGGGCUGCAGAACCCGAGGAUCCUCAUGGCUGUCAACGGGAAGGUGUUCGACGUGACUAGAGGGAAGAAGUUCUACGGGCCAGAGGGGCCGUAUGGAGUGUUUGCAGGCAGAGAUGCAUCCAGAGGUCUGGCUACGUUCUGUUUGGAGAAGGACGCUCUGAAAGAUGAACACGACGACCUGUCUGACCUGAACGCCAUGCAGCAGGAGGGCCUCUCUGAGUGGGAGACUCAGUUCACCGUUAAGUAUGACUACAUCGGCAAGCUCCUGAAACCAGGAGAAGAGCCCACAGAGUACACUGACGACGAGGAGGGAAGAGACAAAAAGGCGGACUAGAAAAGUAGAAGUGAAGAGGACGGGGAGAAGAUGAGCGAUGCCUUAAUGUUUGUAAUUUUGAUGCCUGUUAGGCCCAAUCUUCUGUAUGUAUCCUAGUACUUUUGGCUGAUCACAAUCCUGCAUUUUUAUAUGCUGAGUUCCAUUUAUCUCCAUUUAUCCUUUGGCAUUAACGGUUAAACAUGAUGCAUUCUGAUGUAGAGCUGUGUCCUGUUGUUAGUUGUUAGAUUAGUGUGGAAAAUCAAGAAAAUGGACCAAUUCCAAUGUCGGUGUAGGUACCUGAUCGGCUCAGCUUCCAGAUCGGCUCAGGGUUCUUCAUCUGCUGCUGAUUAAGACACACAAAACGCUGUCUACAGCAACGCGAAUAUAUAUA